UUUAACUAUGGCGUACAAUUCAAUAAGUUUUAUUUUUUACAGUUAAUUAUUUCGUGUUAGAUAUGUUUUAUGGCGAAAACGCUGUAUAACUACCAUGGAAAUAAGACUAACAUACAUUUAUAUUUUAACUAUUGCAAAUUGUAUGCUGGUUUUUGACGCCCAAGAUGGGCAGUCCAUGUUUCCAGAUAAUGUACCUGUGUCACUUCUUCCUGAAUCAACCCCAAUAUAUUCAUCAAUGUUUAAGGCAUUUUUAGUUGUAGACAAAGCACUUACAGAAAAUGAGGGUGUGAGUUUUGAAUGUAGAGCUGUCGUAUUGAAUUCAACGGAUGAUGCUUUUGGACAGCUAAGGAAGCCACAAUGCAACUUCACCCUGCUGAUAAAUACAACAUCAACGACAUCAGUUACCACUACAACCACAACAGCAACUACAAGUAUAACACUGGGUUCUAAUGUUACUACUUCCACUUUACCAAUGACUACACCGUCAAUUCCGUACAUUUUAUCAGACUGGAAUCCAGACCAAUUCUCCAUACUGUUUAAACAGGGCCAGAUUUUCAAGACUAUCACCGUGACGCGUAUCCUACCUGUUACAAAAGCUGUUACGGAACUUGUGGUUCUGACGUGUUGUGUCCGAGAUCCACCAGUCUAUAGUAAUCAGUCGGCAGCUAUGCUAGUCACAGCAGUUCUACAGCCAGACUAUUGUGACAACUGCACUGGAGGCCCACGAAAAGGAAGUGAUAAUGAGCAAACAGUCAUUCGGAAUCCAGCGUUUCGAGAAGUUGCUCCAUGUGCCUGUGACUUGACGUUCAAGCACUGUGACAUCAACUGUUGUUGUGAUAAAGACUGCUCAGAAGAUGACAAGAAGAUCUUCAGUGGCUGUAUUCCAGGAUUACCUGGGGGUCAACCGGCGCCGGUAGAACGUUACAAGUGUGCCUCAAACCACACCCUCAAGGAGGACUGGUUUCCUCUCAUGUGUGUCAUGUUUGAGGAGAAUGGAUUUCUUGGCUAUUUCCAUGGUGAUGUACCCAAACUAGCCACGGAUGGUGAUUUCAACAGCAAACUCUCAAAGCAAAAGAAUUUGUUUACAUUUAGAGAAAAAGAAAAGCGAUUCCAGGAUGAAAAUUCUGCUUUGCGGGGAUACAGAGAUGGCUCGAGUAUCCAGACAUUCAGUCGCGAUGCAGGCACACUUAGGUUACCGUCUCGGGGAAUACUAACCCUGCCCCAGCGCACCGGUACCGGAGCUUGUUCCGAUCUAAUUUCCGUCAGAUUCUUCCGAGACAUCAACACUGAUUGUGUGCGUUCUCUGACCGCCGCCUUGUGUCGGGAUAACUCGUUCUUCAGCUCAGUGAUGUAUGUGGAGUCGUCGAACACCAUAAAUCGUCAGGCGUACAGAGUCCUGAUGCAGUACGGUGGGAAUAACAACACCAUCACCAAGACUGACGUGAAGUACUACUGCACGGACGAUGUCAGCCAGUACAUCAGGUCCAGUAAUCCUGCGUCUCCUGUCACCAGCAGACAGUUCUUUAACCCGCCCAUCACCGCAGAAAACUGCUCGUACCCUUGUCAAGAACCUCGGUGCUUGGAGUACAACAAAAACACCAGUCCGCCACCCCCGCUUCAGAGGUGUUCCUGGGAUACAGGUGUUGGAACCCCUCCCAGAGGUCCGGUGUGGAUUCGCAGUGCGAAUGUGUGCAGUUACCCGGUUCUUAGUCUGGACUACAAGUUCACAUGGACCGAAACCAGCAUUGUGCAGCUAGAUGCGGUACUCAUACUAGCAAAUAAUGUGAGCGUCAUCACAGAUAAUCCACCUGUUUUGACGCAGAAAGUUUCGGUAUCAUUUCAACACAAAGUGCCUGUGGUCAACAGCACAAAUCGUAAUGAACCCUUUUCCAGAUCAGGAAAUCCGGGGUAUGACUUUGAAAAGCCAGUUCUAAGUGGGUGUCCAGACAAUGUGACCUCAGACUUCCAGUACAUGGAGACCAAUGUAAGCCAACAGAUGGCUGUAUGGAAGCCAGAUGUGGAUGGAUUUUGUAAUUCACAGAAGAGGCAAACUUUGAAGUUUGGUGUAGACAUCCAGUCUGCUUGUAAACUUCGUCUCACACUGGAGGACAUUAAUAAUUGCAGUGCACUGAAGACACAGAUCUUGAACCAUUUAAGCAUUCUCAUGCCAUCUGCCUAUCUGGGGCGGUAUGGUGUCAGCGAUCCCAGGAACCUGACCCACUGGGUUACUGUUAUGAGAGAUAUACCAUUUUACAUCUUCAAUGUUGAAAACCAAACCAACGUACAAGUUCCAUCAAACAGCAAUGAAUCGUACAUCGCUGUGAACGUGGUGGACUUCAUUAAAGGUGUCUGUGCCAACAUCACCAAUGGAAUACAUCUAGACAUCAUGUAUGGCGAGUCAGGCCGUGCACGAGACUAUCCAAUCAGAGAGAUUGUUGGAGCAAGAGUUGGAUUCACGGUGACAAACUGGCAGUUUUCAUGCACAAGCCCUGGCACUUUUGCUUGUUUGAAUAAUAAUUUGCUGACUCGGACGUUUCUCCUCACCAGUUCUGUGAGGUUCAUCAAAGUGCCGGCCAGCACACCCCCAGAGCCUAUCAAGUUCUACACGAGUCAUCCGGCCACCUGCUACAGUGACUCCUGCUUGCGGUACUUUGCUGACUAUGACCAGACCAUCUGCCACUAUGACACUUGCUGGAGGGAACUGCUGUAUCCCCUGACCGAUUCCUACACUGCCGAACCUCCAUUAUACACACUUGGUUUCUCACUUGUGCUCGUCAUAUUUAGCGUGGCUUAUUUCAUGAUAACACGACCUUGGUUCUGAUAGGACUUAGAAAAUAAAAAAUCAUCUGUUUCAAACAUAUUGUAUAUUGCCAGAGGACUUGUUUAUAAAACUAAAACCUAAACUUAAGCUUUAUCCAGAUUUUAAUGCCAUGAGAAAUAUGAUUUUCAUCAAUAUCAUAGCAUUAAUAAUUUUGACUCAGUAAAUUUAAAAAGCAUGGAUACUUACAAUAUUUUGCAUUAAUGAAAUAUUUGGAUCAUGCAUCUGAGAUUAAUUUAUUUUAACUUGAUAACAUUGGUUAUAUUAUAUAGAGAUGAAAGUUUUGUGGAUUUUGAAUGGUCUUUACAGUGUUUCCAGGUUUUUCAGUGUUUUAUUCAAAAUGUUCAUAAUCUUCAUCCAUAGCUUGCAAUAUGGUUACUACUGAUGCUUGGCAAACAUUCUGAAUGGGGUUUGUCAUUUUAACCCAUUGUGCAACCUUAACCCUCAGGCAAGUCUCAGUACCUGACCAUCAAUAUUAAAAAAAAAAAAUAAAAAAAAAGGGAAUCGACUGUCGUCUGAUUAUCAGAAUGAAACUUAACAUAUUUUAAAAGAUUCAUCCUUAAAAGACGUUUGACUUCUUUUUACUUGGUCGUGUAGGACCAAGCUGAUACAUUAUCAGGAUAUUUUAUAGCAUUCUGUGUUAAUGGAAGUAUUUUGAUGAUUUAUUUCCAAAUAGUCAAUUCCAACAAAUUAAAAAUUAAAAUCGAUUAAAUUUGGAGGACAGCUAUGUUGUACUUGACCAUUUUGUGAACAUUUAUGCUGGUUUUACUUUUGCUUUUUUGAGGAAAUUUGCGACGGUAAAACUAGCAUCAACAUCCAUGAAUUGCCAAAUACAAGAGUUAUCCUCAAUCUAAUUCAAUAAAUGGUUAUUGAAACAUUUUUGUUAGUGUACAUAAUAAUUUUUUAAUGAGACUGUAGUUAUAUUAAAAAAGCCUGGCCACUCUUAUCAUGUUUCAUAUCAUUUGCUUUGUAACUAUUAUUACUGACUUUACUUUUAAAAAAAUUUCACAACUGACAGUGCUCGAUAAUGUGUAACACUUUAGCAAUAAUAUGGCAUAGUUGCCGUUAUUUACUUCCAGCAUUCCUGUCAGCAUCACACAAACCCUUACGAACAGCAUUUAGGUAAAAUAUUUUAGUGGAACACACAUUUUAUUUUUAAAACAAACUUUUGUAGGUUUAAAGGAAGUACUAAAUGGAAAAAAAUAGGGUAGGAAUUUCCAACAUGUUAAUGGUGGUUUUAGUGUCCCAAAUGGAUUGCAGUAGCUAAUAAAAUUUUGCAGCAUACAGAUUGAAUUAGAACUAAAGUAAAUUUGUUAAAUGUUUUUUGUUUUUUUUUUUAAAAUAGAGGUUCCGAUAGUACAGAUGGCUUAGUCAUAUUGAGCCAAAUUUUAUAAAGCCUACUUAUGUCGUACACAUACACACAUACAUGUGUGUAACUACAUUUACAAUGCUUAAACACUUAUUCAGUUCCAAGAUUUCAAAAUAAAAUGUUUAUUUUUUGUUGCCUUGUUUGAAUUACACCAGAUUGACUACUAUUUUAAGAUGAUAUCAAUGUUGUGAUGUAUUGAUUAGUUAUUACCGUUUUUAUUCCGUCCAGCUUUGUUUGUUAUAUUGUUGAUCAUUUUACAUUCAAUUUGUGCUAAUUUUGCAUAUGGUGUUCAGAAAAAGAAAAUAUGGUGUCCAUGUAAUAAGAGGACUACUUGUAACAAGUAUUUUAUCCUUUACAUCUUUCUUGUAGUUCAAGUAAAGACAAGAAAAAUUUAAUAUUUAAACAUCUAUUUAUUAAGUCUUGUGUACAGAAAACCAUUCACAGGAUGGAUACAUUUUUAUUUAGACCAGUUACAUUUUGUUGUUGACAAUCAACAAUAAAAAUGGUAUAGCAAGUUAAAUCUUUAAUCAUACUACAUAGAUAUUAACUUCUCAUAUACAGUGUACCAGUACUUGAAUUUUUCUUUCUUAUAUUUUAAGUGUCUGUAAAUUUUUGUUUUACAUGUAUUUUUGCCAUGGUAUUGUCAAGAAGAUUUUAAUGACUUACUGUAGUUCAGAAAUCAUGUAUUUCAUGUACAUAAGAUUUUAAUUUAUAUUGUUUUUAUACCUUAUACCAAUUUUUUAAAAAAUAAACAUUUCAACAAAA